AUCCUGAUGCACACCAAAGACAUGGUUCAGAAGGUGAGUGCUGUUGUACUCUAAACCUAACUGAUCAAUGGAAUACCGCCACCAGUAGUCACCACAUGGCCAUGUUGGAAAGAACAAUGUAACAAUAUCCUUACUGAUGACCAAGAGCUAGGUGCGCACGAAAUGUCACCCUAUUUUCUAUAUAGUGCACUUCUUUUAACCAGGGCCAAGUAGUGCACUAAAUAGGGAAUAGCGUACCAUUUCGAACCCAGUCCUACUUUAGAACCCAGUCCUCACCUCUGACCCCUGACUUCCUGUGUGUGUCAGAUGAACCUGGAAGUGAUCUACGGUGACACAGACUCCAUCAUGAUCAACACCAACAGCUCCAGUCUGGAGGAGGUCUACAAACUAGGAAACAAGGUAAGGAAAGGGAGGCGGGAGGGAAGGAGAAAUAGAGGGGUCUAGAGCAAGAGACUCCAUCGUAAUCAAACUCCAAGAGUUAGAUUGUCUGGGUGGGUGGGUUGAUGGUGAGAUAAAGGCAUGGAAAGUGGAAUAGAGAGAAAACACAAGGCCAGAUGGAUAAAGAGAUAUUGAUAUUGCCUGUGUCUUCCCCCAGGUGAAAGCUGAGGUGAACAAGCUCUACAAGCUCCUGGAGAUUGACAUCGACGGGGUGUUCAAGUCUCUGCUGCUGCUGAAGAAGAAGAAGUACGCCGCCCUGGUGGUGGAGCCGCAGGGGGACGGCCGCUACAGUACCAAGCAGGAACUCAAGGGGCUGGACAUCGUAAGAAGGGACUGGUGUGACCUCGCCAAGGAGUGUGGCAAGUAGGUGGACUCGUCAACUGGAGUACGCUAUAUACUGUAUUUCCACUCAUCCCCUUUUUCCUCUUGGAUUAUGCCAAGAGGUCUCAACCAUUUUGGCACAGGAGGUUGUGUGUUUGCUGUAGCUGCAGGGUUGCUGGUUCAGACCUUGCUCUGGCUGCUUCCCCUCAGUCAUUGCAAUGUUAAUCAAUGACCUGAUUCUUAAAGAUGCUAACCUUCCUCCUCCUACCCAUCUUCCUCCUCCACCUCUUUCUCAGCUAUGUGAUUGGUCAGAUCCUGUCGGACCAGAACCGUGAUGUCAUCGUGGAGAACAUCCAGCGUCACCUUUUGGAGUUGGGAGAGAAGGUUGCUAACGGAACCAUCCCACUCAACCAGUAUGAGAUACACAAGGUGUGUGUGUGUUUUUUCAACGUUCUUUGUGUUGGUAUGUGUGUCUACAGUGUGAGUUUGUAUCAAUGCCCACUCUCCCCUUGCUCUCUCUCUCUCCCUAUUUUUAUCUCCCUCGUCUCCCCUCCCGUUUCCCAGGCCCUGACUAAGGACCCCCAGGACUACCCAGACAAGAAGUCUCUUCCUCACGUUCACGUGGCUCUCUGGAUCAACUCUCAGAGCGGACGAAGGGUUAAAGCUGGAGACACAGUUUCCUACAUCAUCUGCCAGGUAGGGAUGGGGGAGUGUGUGUGUAUGGGACGGCAAGUGUAUUAUGAGUUUACAGGUGUCUUUUUGGAGAGGGACUUUGAGUUAGUAGUCAGUGUAUCUGUGGAUAUGGAUGAAAGUGUGUCAGUGUCGUAUAACAGAAGUGUUUUGACCCUCUCUCCUCUCCCCCAGGAUGGCUCUACGUUGGCAGCCAGUCAGAGGGCCUAUGCGUUGGAGCAGCUCCAGAAGCAGGCCGGGCUGAGCCUGGACACCCAGUACUACCUUGCCCAGCAGGUGCACCCCGUGGUGGGCAGGAUCUGUGAGCCCAUCGAAGGCAUCGACGGGGUCCUCAUCGCUACAUGGCUGGGUGGGUCUCAGUUCUCAGCACUGUUUCACUGUUAUUAGAGUAGUUAUGAAUUGUAGAUGCUUUCCUGGCCUGGGGCCUGAAGUUUUCACUGGUAAAGUCACAUGGUCUGGAAAAAAUCCUGGCCUUAGAGAUGAGAGCUAAUAGAUAUUUAGUUCUUAACAGAAACCAGUGUCGUUGGUCUUCACAUUCUGUCUGUAGAUGGCGCUGUGUGUGUUGCUGUAGGGGGGGAGUGGGGAGGAGGGGGCGUUCUGUGGCCUAGUCCUCAACACUGAUUUACUAACACAUUAUUCACUUAGUCACGGAAGGUGUGUGUUUUUGUGUGUGUGUGUGUCAGUGUUUGGGUUCACCUGGGAAUACUAAAUGGGUGUUCAGCUGCUCAGCUUCUAAUGAUAUGAUUAUCUCAGCUGCUUUCACACACACAGUGAUUUGAUUGUUUUGGCAUCCUUACAAAAAUAUGAUAUUUCCGGUUUAUUUUUAUCACACCUCCCUCACUAUCUGAGCUCUGUCUGUCCUUCCUCUCUACCGCCUCAGUCUGUGUCUUCCUCUCUAACUUUUCCACUACAGUCUCCACCAUUCCAUAUGUUAAGGUGUCUGUCCCCAGAGUGGGUGAAAAUGCGCUUUGGUGAUGAAAUUUCACUUCCUUAUGUUAUAAAAUACAUUUUACCAAGAUAAAUAUGAUUAUUAAUGUUCUGAGUCGUUCAGUAGGGUUUUUCUCUAACAACAGUAUAUCAAAAAAGUUGGAUUUCGUAACCUAAUACAUCCGAUAAGCACCGAGCUCUGUUUACAGCCGUGCAACUUUCUCGCAGCAACUUUGAGGUUUUUACAUAUUGUGGUGGUCAUCUUCAAAGUUAUUUCUGCGGUUCGGAAAAAGCUAAAUUGGCAUGACACAAGCAGAAUUAAAUGUAAAUUAAUUGCCCUUAUCACUCUAUUGAGGCAAAAAAAACGGACUUUCAAUAUAAAUGUGGGCCUCUGUAGCUCAGCUGGUAGAGCACGGCGCUUGUAACGCCAAGGUAGUGGGUUCGAUCCCCGGGACCACCCAUACACAAAAAAAUGUAUGCACGCAUGACUGUAAGUCGCUUUGGAUAAAAGCGUCUGCUAAAUGGCAUAUUAUUAUUAUUAUAAAAUGCAGAUGAAAUAGCCACUCCACAGUAAAAGGCACAUGACAGCCUGCUUGAAGUUUGCCAAAAGGCACCUGAAGGACUCUCAGGCCAUGAGAAACAAGAUUGACCCUUUUGGCCUGAAUGCCAAGUAUCAUGUCUGGAGGAAACCUGGCACUAUCCCUACGGUGAAGCAUGGUGGUGGCAGCAUCAUGCAGUGGGGAUGUUUUUCAGCUGCAGGGACUAGGAGACUAGUCAGGAUCGAGGGAAAGAUGAAUGGAGCAAAGUACAGAGAGAUCCUUGAUGAAAACCUGCUCCAGAGCGCUCAGGACAUCCGACUGGGGCAAAGGUUCACCUUCCAACAGGACAACGACCCGAAGCACAUAGCCAAGACAACGCAGGAGUGGCUUUGGGACAAGUCUCUGAAUGUCCAUGAGUGGCCCAGCCAGAGCCCGGACUUGAACCCGAUCUAACAUCUCUGGAGAGACCUGACAAUAGCUGUGCAGCGACACUCCCCAUCCAACCUGACAGAGCUUGAGAGGAUCUGCAGAGAAGGGGAGAAACUCCCCAAAUACAGGUGUGCCAAGCUUGUAGCGUCAUACCCAAGAACACUCGAGGCUGUAAUCACUGCCAAAGGUGCUUCGACAAAGUACUAAGUAAAGGGUCUGAAUACUUAUGUAAAUGUGAUAUUUCAGUUUUUUAUUUCUAAUACAUUUGCAAAAAUUUAUUAAAACCUGUUUUUGCUCUGUCGUUAUGGGGUAUUGUGUAGAUUGAUGAGGGGGGGGGGGGGACAAUUUAAUCAAUUUUAGAAUUAGGCUGUAACGUAACAAAAUGUGGAAAAAGUCAAGGAGUCUGAAUACUUUCCAAAUGCACUAUAUGUCAACUUCACCCUUGUGAAUUGCCACUUGACACACAUUCACACAAAGUAGUCUUAAUUGUUUCUGUCUCAGACUGGUUUUGUGUGUCUGUUCUGUAGCAGUGUGUUUAAACUGGCGCAAAUAGUGUCUGUGUAGAUAUUGUGAUUGUUUGUGUGUUCCCCAGGUCUGGACCCCAGUCAGUUCCGGGCCCAGCAGCAGGCACAGAGAGAGGAGGAGGGAGAUGGGUUCCUAGGAGCUCCGGUCCAACUCACUGAUGAGGAGAAAUAUAAAGACUGUGAACGCUUCACAUUCACCUGCCCUCUCUGUAACACUGAUAACGUCUACGACAACGUGUUUGAGGGAGCGGUACGUACACGCGCGUGCGCAUACACACACACACACACACACACACACACACACACACACACACACACACACACACACACACACACACAAGCAUGCAGACACACACACACACACACACGUUUGGUACUUCCUGUGUUAAGUAUGCUAUAGUCUUUCAGUGUUGUACCUCAUCUCUUAUUUUUAGACAGGACAGACUCAUACACAGUCUGUUUUCAUUGGCAUAGUUUACACUCCUGCACUUAAAGGCUUUCCUAAACCCCUACACAUACAUACUCUCACUCUUUAUCUCUCUAUCUCUCUUUGUGUCUUUCUCUCUGUUUCUCUCUUUCUGUCUUGUGCUUUCUCUCUCUCUCACUCACUCGCUCACUCUCUCAAUUCAAUUUCAAUUUAAGGGCUUUAUUGGCAUGGGAAAUGUAUGUUAACAUUGCCAAAGCAAGUGAAGUAGAUAGUAAACAAUGAAAUAGUGAAAUGAACAAUAAAUAUUAACAGUAAACAUUACACUCAGAAGUUCCAAAAGAAUAAAGACAUUUCAAAUGUCAUUAUGUAUAUAUACAGUGUUGUAACAAUGUGCAAAUAGUUAAAGUACAAAUGGGAAAAUAAAUAAACAUAAAUAUGGGUUGUAUUUACAAUGGUGUUUGUUCUUCACUGGUUGCCCUUUUCUUGCAACAGGUCACAAAUCUUGCUGCUGUGAUGGAACACUGGUUUUUCACCCAGUAGAUAAGGGAGUUUAUCAAAAUUGGGUUUGUUUUCGAAUUCUUUGUGGAUCUGUGUAAUCUGAGGGAAAUAUGUCUCUCUAAUAUGGUCAUACAUUUGGCAGGAGGUUAGGAAGUGCAGCUCAGUUUCCACCUCAUUUUGUGGGAAGAGUGCACAUAGCCUGUCUUCUCUUGAGAGACAGGUCUGCCUUUCUCAAUAGCAAGGCUAUGCUCACUGAGUCUGUACAUAGUCAAAGCUUUCCUCCCUCACACACCACACUCCUACCCCCCUACUACAGCCAUUCCUACAACCGAGGUCACUGGAGAAGUGAGAUGUGUGUUUUCUUAUCAGUCAGUAAUGAGUUAGACAGACGCAGCUUUCUCUUGUCGCAGAGAAACUCAUGAAGCUGACACUUUCCCCUCUGUUUGUCCUCCCAUGGUUCUGACAUCACACACACUGAUAAGAUGGUAAGUUAAUUAGUGGUGACAUGGUCUAACAAAUCAGACGGGCCUUGACUUGAGAUACAGGGGGAGUGAAGGAAAGAGGCCAGGGAGAUUGAAAGGGGGUGGCAAGAGAUUGCAAGAGAGGAGAACAGCGUGAGGGAAUGGGAAAGACAGACUGGGGAGAGGAAGAGAACAUCAAAUAGAGCGAGGUAGACUGCUGUUAUCAAAACCAGAGAAGAGAAGAAACAGCGAGGGAGGGAAAGGAGGAAAAUCAAUUGAUGUUCUUUAGUCAUCUCGUGAGGAUGAGAACCCAACUUCAAACUUUUGCUGUGUGGGUACGUCCGGCUGUCCAACUCCCCAUCCACCACUGCUGUAAAAGCAGGUAAAUGUGAAACCCUGUAGGAAUACCAUUACUCCUGUGUGGAUAUGUAUGUACAGUAAGGGGGAAAAAAGUAUUUGAUCCCCUGCUGAUUUUGUACGUUUGCCCACUGACAAAGACAUGAUCAGUCUAUAAUUUUAAUGGUAGGUUUAAUUGAACAGUGAGAGACAGAAUAACAACAAAAAAAUCCAGAGAAACGCAUGUCAAAAAUGUUAUAAAUUGAUUUCAUUUUAAUGAGGGAAAUAAGUAUUUGACCCCUCUGCAAAACAUGACUUAGUACUUGGUGGCAAAACCCUUGUUGGCAAUCACAGAGGUCAGACAUUUCUUGUAGUUGGCCACCAGGUUUGCACACAUCUCAGGAGGGAUUUUGUUCUACUCCUCUUUGCAGAUGUUCUCCAAGUCAUUAAGGUUUCGAGGCUGACGUUUGGCAACUCGAACCUUCAGCUCCCUCCACAGAUUUUCUAUGGGAUUAAGGUCUGGAGAUUGGCUAGGCCACUCCAGGACCUUAAUGUGCUUCUUCUUGAGCCACUCCUUUGUUGCCUUGGCCGUGUGUUUUGGGUCAUUGUCAUGCUGGAAUACCCAUCCACGACCCAUUUUCAAUGCCCUGGCUGAGGGAAGGAGGUUCUCACACAAGAUUUGACGGUACAUGGCCCUGUCCAUCGUCCCUUUGAUGCGGUGAAGUUGUCCUGUCACCCCCAAAGCAUAAUGUUUCCACCUCCAUGUUUGACGUGAGGAUUGUGUUCUUGGGGUCAUAGGCAGCAUUCCUCCUCCUCCAAACACGGCGAGUUGAGUUGAUGCCAAAGAGCUCGAUUUUGGUCUCAUCUGACCACAACACUUUCACCCAGAUCUCCUCUGAAUCAGUCAGAUGUUCAAUGGCAAACUUCAGACGGCCCUGUAUAUGUGCUUUCUUAAGCAGGGGGAUCUUGCGGGCGCUGCAGGAUUUCAGUCCUUCACGGCGUAGUGUGUUACCAAUUGUUUUCUUGGUGACUAUGGUCCCAGCUGCCUUGAGAUCAUUGACAAGAUCCUCCCGUGUAGUUCUGGUCUGAUUCCUCACCAUGCUCAUGAUCAUUGCAACUCCACGAGGUGAGAUCUUGCAUGGAGCCCCAGGCCGAGGGAGAUUGACAGUUCUUUUGUGUUUCUUCCAUUUGCGAAUAAUCGCACCAACUCUUCUCACCAAGCUGCUUGGCGAUGGUCUUGUAGCCCAUUCCAGCCUUGUGUAGGUCUACAAUCUUGUCCCUGACAUCCUUGGAGAGCUCUUUGGUCUUGGCCAUGGUGGAGAGUUUGGAAUCGGAUUGAUUGCUUCUGUGGACAGGUGUCUUUUAUACAGGUAACAAGCUGAGAUUAGGAGCACUCCCUUUAAGAGUGUGCUCCUAAUCUCAGCUCGUUACCUAUAUAAAAGACACCUGGGAGCCAGAAAUCUUUCUGAUUGAGAGUGGGUCAAAUACUUAUUUCCCUCAUUUAAAAUGCAAAUCAAUUUAUAACAUUUCUGACAUGCGUUUUCUGGAUUUUGUUGUUGUUAUUCUGUCUCUCACUGUUCAAAUAAACCGAUCAUUAAAAUUAUAGACUGAUCAUUUAUUUGUCAGUGGGCAAAUGUACAAAAUCAGCAGGGGAUCAAAUACUUUUUUCCCUCACUGUACCACUGUGUAGAAAUGUGUGUACCAGUGCAGUAAAUGCAUAGCCCUGUUGAGACACUCCCCAGUCCUGUCACUGACUGAUGGAUAAAUUUUUUUAGGCCUUGGCAGUUAGGAAGUAGUUAGCUACUAGUUGUGGAAUUUCCAUUGUGUUAGCAGUCCAGUUAGGUGCCUAUGAAAGCCUGGUCUGACAGGUGAAUGAGGGGGUGAUUGACUGGAGCUUGGGGAUCUGCAGGCUGAGGAGAUUGGCUGGGGGUCUGCAGGCUGGGGGUCUGUCUGAUCUGCCUAUAUGUGGCGCAGCAUGAUUCCUACAGUCCAGAGUUCUCCACUGCUAAACCUGGAGAGCAGGCUUUUGUUGGUUGUGUGUGUAUGUGUGUACUCUGUGCUGACAAAGUCCCAUCCUGUUUGUGUGUAGGGUAUGAUGGUGGAGGCGGCGAUGAUGCGUUGCUGCAACCUGUCCUGUGGGGGGCGUCCUCUGGACUAUCCCACACACAUCAGCAACAAGCUGCUACUGGACAUCCGCAAGCACAUCAGGAAAUACUACAGCGUGAGUACCGACGAGGGUGUGUGUGUGUGUGUGUGUGUGUGUGUGUGUGUGUGGUUUAUUGCAGGCAGUUUUGUCCUGCUCAGAUUUACUGUUACUAUUUAUUCCUACUCUCUACUGAAUGCCAAACACUGGCCUUUCCCUCUGCUACACACACACACCACUCGCCCACCUGCAUUACUGCAAAUUGACUUAAUUUAGUUUUCUUUCAGGCUUUAAUGCUUUCCUUGAAUACACUACACUGUACUCACUGUAGUAGUCAGGCUCUGACUGGAGCAUAUUUUUGGAGGUCUUUAGUUGGAGAAAUAGUGUGGAGGAUUUUAGAACUGUUCCGGAACUCUUUUAGAACUUUUUGUUUUGUAAAACUUGUAUGAUUUCUAGAACUAGCACUGAUGCUGUCUUCAGGGUUGUGGAAUGCAGUGGAAGAUUGGAGUGGGGCUGCCUGCUAGUCUUUUAGGUUGAGCAUUGUGUGGAGGUAGGGGAGGGGGUGUUACACUCCCACAGUGCUGAGCAGAAAUCAAUUAGUGGGGCGAAUGUGCCUACCACCCCCCACCCCCCAAACACACACACACACACACACUCUCUCAGGGAACGAGCCCCUCACCCCCUUUGUAAUGUGUGAAACAGCUGCUGUCACGGAAUACUAACACCACACAUACUCUGUAGGAACACACGUAUAUACACACACAGAGGGGGCGAUGAAGAGUGGUAAUUAAGGAUUUAUUUCAGACCAAGGGAGAGCUCAAAUAGAGCUGUUUGUCUGGCCAGAUAGACUGAAAGACAUGGCCUGCACCUCUGCGCGUGUGUUCCUUCAGAGACAUUACCCCCCCCCCCCCCCCCUCAUUAUCAACUGACCUGCUCUGCUAGACUGGCCAAACACCCAUCCCUCUCUCUUCUGCCCUCUCUCUCUCCAUCUAUCUUCAUCCUCCUCCCAUCUAUCUUCCUCUCUCUCCAUCUAUCUCCUCUUUUCCCCCGGGGGGGGCCCAAAACCCCCCCCCCCCGGUCCUUUGGGGGGUUUUUUGGUUUUUGUUGGGGCCCCCCGGGGGGGUUUUUUUUUUUUGGGGGGGGGGGGGGGGGGGCCCCCCUUUUUCCCCCCCCUUCCCCACAACCCCCCAAAAAAAAAAACCCCCCCCCCGGGGGGGGGGUUUUUUUUUUUGGGGGGGGGGGGGUUUUUUUUUUUUUUUUGGGUUUUUUUUUUUUUUCCCCCCAAAAAGGGCCCCCCCCCCCCCCCCCCCCCCCCUUUUUUUAAAACCAAAAAGGCCCCCCUUUAAAAAAAAUUUAAUUUUCCCCCUUUUUUGGGGGUUUUUUUUCCCCCUUUUUUUGGGGGGGUUUUUGGGGGGGUUUUUGGGGGUUUUUUUUGGGGGGGGUUUUUUUUUUUUUUUUUUUUUUUUUUUUUUUGGGAAAAAAGGUUUUGGGGUUUGGGGGGGGGUUUGGGUUUGGGUGCCCAAAUUUUUGGGGGGCCUGGGGGUUUUUUUGGGGGGGGGGGGGGGGAAAAAAGGGGGGGAAAAAAACCCCCCCCCCCCCCAAAAACCCCCCCCCCCCCCCAAAAAAAAACCCCCCCCCUUUUUUUUUCCCCCCUUUUUUUUGGGAAACCAACCCCCCAAAAAAACCCCCAAAAAAAAAAAAUUAAAAAAAAGGGGGUUUUUUAAAAAAAAUUUUUUGGGGGGGGGAAAAAGGGGGGCCCAAACCCCCCCCUUUCCCCCCCCCCCCCCCCCUUUAAACAAACCCCCCUCCCCCCCUUUAAUUUCCAACCCCCCCCCCCCCUUUUUCCCCCCCCUUUUUUUUUCCUUGGUUUUCCCCCCCCCCUUUUUUUUUUUUCCCCCCCCCCCCCCCCCCCUUCCCCCUUUUUUUCCCCCCCCCCCCCCCCCCCCCCCCCCCCCCCCCAACCCCCCCCCCCCUUUUCCCCCCCCCCCCGGGUUUUUCCCCCCCCGGAAAAACCCCCCUUUUUUAAAAAAACCCCCCCCCCAACCCCCCCCCCCCCCCCCCCCACUAACCCCCUCCCCCCAAACCCCCCCCCCCCCCCCCCUUUUUUUUUCCCCCCCCCCCCCCCCUUUUUAAAAAACACGGCCCCCUUUUGGGGCCCCCCCCCGGGGGGCCCCCCCCGGGGGGGACCCCCCGGGGGGGGGGGCCCCCCCCCGGGGGCCCCCCCCCCCCCCCCUUUUCCCCCCCCCCCCCCGGGGGGCCCCCCCCCCCCCCCCCCCCCCGGGGGGGGCCCCCCCCCCAGGGCCCCCCCCCCCCAAAACCCCCCCCCCCACCAACCCCGGGGGCCCCCCCCCCCCCCCCCCCCCCCCUUCCCCCCCCCCCCCCCCUUUUUUUCCCCCCCCCCCCCCCCCCCCCCAUUAACCCCCCCCCCCCCCCCCCCGGGCCCCCCCCGGGGGGGGGGGGGGCCCCCCCCCCGGGGCCGGGGGGGGGGCCCCCGGGGGGGCCCCCCCCGGGGGGGCGGCCCCGCCCCGGGGGGGGCCCCCCCCGGGGGGGCCCCCCCCCCCCCGCCCCCGGGGGGGGCCCCCCCCCGCGCCCCCUUUCCCGGGGGAACCCCCCGGCGGCCCCCCCGGGGGCCCCCCCCCCCAACCGGGGCCCCCCGCCCCCCCCCCCCCCCCCCCCCCCUUUUUUUGGGAGCCCGGCCCCCGGGGGCCCCCGGGGGGGGGGGGGGGGCCGCGCGCCCCGGGGGGGGGGGCCCGCGCCCCCCGGGGGGGGGGGGGGGGCCCCCCCCGGGGGGGGGGGGGGCCCCCGGGGGGGGGGCCCCCCCCCCGCCCCCCCCCGGCCCCCCCGGGGGGGGGGAGCCCCCCCCCCCCCCCCCUUUUUUUUCCCCCCUCCCCCCCCCGGGGGGGCCCCCCCCCCCCCCCCCCCCCCCCUUUUUUUCCCCCCCCCCCCCCCCCCCCCCCCCCCCCCCCCCCCCCGGGGGAACCAACCCCCCCCCCCCAAACCCCCCCCCCCCCUCCCCCGGGGCCCCCCCCUUUUUAAACCCCCCCCCCCCAAAAACCCCCCCCCCCCCCCCCCCCCCCCCCCCCCCCCCCCCCCCCGGGGGGGGCCCCCCCCCCCCCCUCCCCCCCCCCCCACCCCCCCCCCCCCCCCCCCCCCCGGGGGGGGCCCCCCCCCCCCCCCCCCCCCCUUUUCCCCCCCCCCCCUUUGGGGGCCCCCUUUUUCCCCGGGGCCCCCCCCCCCCCAACCCCCCCCCCCCCCCCCCGGCCCCCCCCCGGGGGCCCCCCCCUUUUUCCCCCCCCCCCAAACCCCCCCCCCCCCCCCCUUUCCCCCCCAAACGGGGGCCCCCCCCCCCAAAAAACCCCCUUUUUCCCCCCCCAAAAAAACCCCCCCCUUUUACACUUCCCCCCGGGGGGCCCCCCGGGGGGGGGGGGGCCCCCCCCCCGGGGGGGGGGGGGGCCCCCCCCCGCGGGGCCCGGGGGCCCCCGGGGGGGGGGCCCCCCCCCCCCCACAAACCCCCCCCCCCCCCCCCCCCCCCCCCCCCCCCCCCCAAACCCCCCCCCCCCCCCCACACGGGCGGCCCCGGGGCCCCCCCCCGGGGGGGCCCCCCCCCCCCCCCCCCCCAACCCCCCGGGGGGGCCCCCCCCCGGGGGCCCCCCGGGGGGCCCCCCCCCCCCCCCCCCCUUUUUUCCCCCCCCCCCCCCCCCCCAAAAACCCCCCCCCCCCCCUCCCGCCCCCCCCCCCCCCCCCCAACCCCCCCCCACCCCUUUUUCCCCCCCCCACCCGAAAACCCCCCCCCCCCCCCCCCCCCCCCCCCCCCCCCUUUUCCCCCCCCCCCCCCUUUUCCCCCCCCUUUUUUUUUUUUUUUUUUCCCCCUUUUUUUUUUUUUCCCUUUUUUUCCCCCUUUUUUCCCCCCGGGCCCUUCCCUUUUCCCCCCCCCUUUUUUAAAACCCCCCUUUUUUUUUCCCUUUUUUUUUCCCCCCCCCCCCCCAAAACCCCUUUUUCCCCCCCCCAUUUUUAAAAAAAAAAAUUUUUUUUUUCCCUUUUUUUUUUUUCCCCCCAAAAUUUUUUUUUAAAAAAUUUCCCCCCGUUUUUUCCCCAAAGGAAAUUUGGGCCCCUUUUUUUAAAAUUUUUUAAAAAAAUUUUUAAAAAAAUUUUAAAAAGGGGGGGGGAAAAAAACCCCCCCCCUUUUUUUUUUUUUUUAAAAAAACAAACCCCCAGGUUUUUUCCCUUUUGGGCCCCCCCCUUUUAAAAAAAUUUCCGGGAAAAGGGCCCCCGGCCUUCCCCCAAAAAUUUUUAAAUUUUAAAAGGGCCCCAAAAAAGGGGCCCCCGGGGGCCCUUUUUUUUUUAAUUUUUUUUUUUUGGGGGGGGUUUUUUUUGGGGGUUUUUUUUUUUUUUAAGGGGUUUUUUUGGGGUUUUUUCCGGGGGGGGGGGAAAAAAAAUUUUUUUUUUGAAAAAACCCCGGGAAAAAAUUUUUUUUUUGGGGGAAAAAAGGGUUUUUUUUUUUUUUUUAAAAAUUUUUUUUUUUUUUAAUUUUUUUUUUUUUAUUUUUGGGGGGUUUUUUUUUUUUUGUUUAGUAGGGAAAUUUUUUAAAAAAACCCCCCAAAAAUUUUUUUUUUUUUAAAAAGGGGAAACCUUUUUUUUUAAAAAAAGGGGAAGGGGUUUUUGGGGGUUUUAAAAAAUUUUUUUUUUGGGGAAAAAAAUUUUUUAAUUUUCCCCGGUUUUUUUUUUUUUCCCAAAAAAUUUUUUUUUUAGGUUUUUUUGGCGUUUGGUUUUUUGUUUUUUUUUCCCCCCCACCCCCAAAAAAGGGGGGUUUUUUUAAAUAAAAUUUUUAAAAAUUAUUUUUUAAAAAAGAAAUUUUUUUUUUUGGGGGGGCCCCCCCCCUUUUGUUUUUUCCUUUUUGGGGGGGCCGGGGGGGUUUUUUUUUUUGGGGGGCCCCCUUUUUUGGGGGGGUUUUUUUGGGGUUCCCGGGGGCCCUUUUUUUUUUCCAAAUUUUUUUUUUUUUCCCCCGGGGGGGAAAAACCCCUAAAAAGGGGGGGGGUUUUUUUUUGGGUUUCCCAAAAAUUUGGGGGGGAAAAAAAGGGGGGAAAAAAAAAGGGGGGGGGGGGGGGGAAAAAAAACCCCCCGGGGGGGGAAAAAAAGGGGAGGGGGGGCCCCCCUUUUUUAAAAAAAAAUUUUUUUCCCCCCUUUUUUUUUUUUUCCCCCCCCCCCCCCCCCCCCCCUUUUUUUUUUUUUUCCCCCCCCUCCCUCUCUUUAAAACUUUCCCCUCUCUCCCCCCUUUUUCCCCAUCUUCCCUUUUUUUUUUUCCCCAAAAAUUUCCCCCCCCCUUUUUCCCCCUUUUUCCCCCCCCCCUUUUUUUUUUAAAAAAUUUUUUUUUUGGGUCUCCCUUUCCUCUCUAUUUCCUCCUCUCUCAUCUCAUCUAUCUUCCUCUCUCUCUCUCAAUUAAAUUCAAUUCAAUUCAAUUCGCUUUAUUGGCAUGACGUAACAAUGUACAUAUUGCCAAAGCUUACUUUGGAUAUUUACAAUAUAAAAAUAAAUAAAAAUGAGAAUCAAAAAAUUGUCAACGGGACAACAGUAACAACAAUAACCAACGUCAAUAUAACCAUACAUUCAACAAUAACAAUAAUCAUACAGUUGAGGACAUGUGCAGGUUUAUUGGUCUGUCAGACACUGUCCCUCAACUUAUGGCAGGCAGCAAUGUAGUGCGCUGCCAACCCACAGCUCUCUGCGUCCUCCCCCAACAGGAUGGGUAGCCUAUCCUCAUCAGAGAGGUCUUUAAAAAACCUUGAAUAAGGAUUUCAAAUUUGGGGAAAUGACACUCUCUAAUUGUUUUAUAUUUUUGACAUUUUGUCAGGAAAUGCAGCUCCGUCUCAGGUUCUGCUGUUGUGCAGUGGUUGCACAGCCUUUCCUCUACAGGGAGCCAGGUUUUCCUGUGUCUACCCUUCUCAAUGGCAAGGCUGUGCUCACUGAGCCUGUACUUUGUCAAGGUUUUUCUAAGGUUUUGAUCAGUAACCAUGGUCAAAUAUUUAGCCAUAGUGUACUGUCGAUUUAGGGCCAGAUAGCACUGCAUUUUGCUUUGUGUUUGUGCUUGUGUUUCCCAAUAAGCAAUGUAGUUUUGUUUUGACUGUGUUGUAAUUUGGUUUAUUCUGAUUGAUUGGAUGUUCUGGUCCUGAGGCUUCAGUGUGUUAGUAGAACAGGUUUGUGAACUCAGCCCCAGGACCAGCUGGAUGAGGGGACUCUUUUCUUUGCUCAGCUCUUGGCAUUGCAGGGCUUGGUAAUGAUAUGAGAGGGGGUCACUGUAUUUUAGGUGUUUCCAAAACUUAAUUGCUCUUUUUUGAGUUUUUAUUAUUAGUGGAUAUUGGCCUAAUUCUGCCCUGCAUGCAUUGUUUGUAGUUUUCCUCUGGACACGUAGGAGAAUCUUACAGAACUCUGCAUGUAGGGUUUCAAUGGGGUGUUUGUCCCAUUUGAUGAAAUCUUGUUUUGCAAGUGGACCCCACACCUCGCUGCCAUAAAGUGCAAUUGGUUCAAUGACAUAUUCAAUUAGUUUUAGCCAAAUUUUAAUAGGUAUUUCAAUUUGAAUUUGCUUUUUAAUGGCGUAGAAUGCCCUGCGUGCUUUCUCUCUCAGUUCAUUCACUGCCUCAUUAAGGUGUCCAGUUGAGCUUAUUUUUAAACCUAAGUAAUUGUAGUGUGUACAGUACUCUAUAUAUUUUGUACCAAUUGAGAACUUUGGUCUAAUUCCCUGAGAUCUGGAUCUUCUCUGGAAAAUCAUUAUUUUAGUCUUUUUGGGGUUUACUGCCAGGGGCCCAGGUCUGGCAGUACUGCUCUAGCAGGUCCAAGGCUCUGCUGUAGGCCAGGUGCUGUGGGGUGACAGCAGGCAUAGGUCAUCUGCGAAGAGUAGGCAUUUAACUUCUGAAUUGUGGAGACUAACACCAGGGGCUGAGGAUUUUUCUAGAAUAGUGGCCAAUUCGUUAAUGUAAAUAUUGAAGAGUGCAGGGCUAUCUUCCCCUCUCUCUCUCUCUCAUCUAUCUUCCUCUCUCUCUCAUCUAUCUUCCUCUCUCUCUCUCUCUCUCUCUCUCAUCUAUCUUCCUCUCUCUCUCUCAUCUAUCUUCAUCUCUCCUCUCUCUCUCUCAUCUAUCUUCCUCUCUCUCUCUCUCUCUCAUCUAUCUUCUCUCUCUCUCUCUCUCUCUCUCUCAUCUAUCUUCCUCUCUCUCUCUCUCAUCUAUCUUCCUCUCUCUCUCUCCAUCCAUCUUCCUCUCUCUCUCCAUCUGUCUUCCGAGUGUCGUUGGUUCGUUUUGUCGAUCCGCCCCCCCCUCUUAUUUACCCCAUUCAAACACCCGUUGCCAUGGCGUUUAACAAAUUAUUGCAAUUACGCUCGUCAUGUGGGUCACCCCUGGAAACUGGCUGAGGGAGGUAGGGAAUAAAUAGAGAAGAAGGUGCUAAUCCUAUUUUGAACAAAAGGUCAAAUUGCUGAAUGGAGCCGCUUUGAUUAAGCGGAGGAUGUACAAAGUGGACUUGUUUCAGCUCUAUUCAGAGAGUGAGAGGUGAGUGUGUGUGCGUGUUUGUCUGGGUGCGUGUCCCUGCCUGUGUGGUUGCAUGCUUUGUCUACAAAAGUGGACUGGUUUCAGGCCUAUUCAACUCUAGAGCUGGCAGGAUUGAUUACUUUUCAAGCUAGAACCUCUGUCUCUUCUCUCUCUCUAGUCCUUUUAUCCUGAGAACCACCAGUCAAAAUAGUGUGUAUGUGCGCGUACCUGGUUGAUUCCUGUGUGUUGAGUUCCACUGGUCUGAGAUCACUGUGUGAAACAGAAACCCUCCACAAUUCAACUAUCUGCUUCAUAGUCACAGACCCUGGAUGUAGGGAGAAAAGGAGGUAGAGAGUUGGACAGAGGAAGAAAGAAAGGGGAGUGUGUUAGAAAAGAGAACAGAGGAGAGGGUGAAAGGAGAACAGAAAGGAGGAGAGAGGACUAGGGAUGGAGAGGCAGGGAGUGUAGGCUAGUUUUUGUGUCUUGUCUCACUGCAGUUUAAUCUGUUUAGUUAAAUGGUGUGGAAGUCAUCUGAAGUCUGGAUUCAGUGUGUCAGGUAGCGACUGCUGUAAUUAUGUCAUUAUCAGCCCCCCCCAUCUCCCUCUCGCUCUCUCUCUGGCUUAAUGUUUUUCUCUCUGUUUUUCUCUUGCUCAGUUUCACUCAAAGACCCACAUGACUUUAUCAGUUAAUAUGCCCUUUCUCGUGUGUGUGUGUUCGCAAAUCUCCAGCCCAUGGGAACAGUGCUGUGUGUUUAGGCUUGUGUCCUCAGGAGACUCUGGGAUCAGACAGUCAGGCAAUAACAUCCCUAAUGAACACACACACAGCGUCCUGCCAAUCUCCUCUAAAUGAAAACCAAACACACACAUAUGUCCCAAUUCAAUUACAAUCUCCCAGAGUUCACAGCGUUACCCACAACCCCCUGGGCCAAAGCCGGUUAUCUAAACAUUGCCAACUGCCACACAUACAGACACGAGGAUCAUGGGACAUUACACCGCUCUGUUGGCUCUGAUAAUAUUCACCACAAUGCUGUGUGUGUGGUUAGAGCCAGGUUAAUGAGAUUGAUAACAGUACAAUAGACCCUUCAGUUUCUGUCUACUGUAUGAUUUGAAUUGAGACAGGGAAAAAGAGACCUCCAUAUUUCCUCCUUUUCCCUGUGGCCUAGUAUAUCUGGGAGUGUGGCUGACCCUUAGAGCGCUCGACUGGGUCGUUGUGUGUGGUUUGGUAUGUGAGGUGGUAGGACAGGUGCAGUAUGUAGUAAGGGGUUGGGGAUGUCUUGGGAACUGUUAUUAGUUGGGUAAUACCCCCAACACACACACACACACCAAAGCCCCCCCUAUGUAAUGAAAGGGCAGGCCAGGGAGAGAUAGGGUAUUAGAUUAGGGAUGAAGAGGAGGGGAACAGAGGGGGGUAGGGUCUGCACCUGUCCAAGGCCACUGACUCACCCCAGGGGUCCUAACCACCUGCUGCCCUCUGCGCUGCUUGUCUGAAAAGGGAAGGACCCCCAGGCUCAGGCAGAUGUGCCUACUUCACACAGAGGGGUUGACUUAGAAAAUUAGAGAAUAUACAAUUUAGAGAGGAGGCAGAGAGAAAUAGGGAGAACGUUUAUCUAUGUGUGUUUUGGCAGGUAAUUAUGUAAUUGUUUUCAGCAGUUUCCAGCAAGUUAGCCUCAUUUUAAAAGUGUCCUUGAUAUGAAUACGCCAUCUCUCAAUACCCUCCCCCCCCAUCUCUCUCUCUGCAUCUCAGGGUUGGUUGGUGUGUGAGGACCAAGCCUGCCAGAACCGGACCAGGAGGCUGCCCAUCUCCUUCUCCAGAUCUGGACCCAUCUGUCCUGCCUGCUCCCGCUCUGCACUCAGACCAGAGGUAACACACACACUAACACACCGCACACAUGAACACACCACACACACAUAAUCCACACGCACAAACACACUGGACGCAUACACACCCACACGCUCGCUGUAUCGAUGUUGGAUGGUUUGUCCAGGUGAUGGUGCUGUAGAGUCAUUUUAAAAGCUACUGAGCUCUCAUCCUCUUCUCUCAUCCUCUUCUCUUCUCUCAUCCUCGUCUCGUCUCAUCCUUGUCUCAUCCUCUUCUCGUCUCUCAUCAUCCUCUCCACCAUUCACAUGGUCUAAAUUAUCUCUUCUCACUCCCAUCUCACAUUCCCUUGUUUUUGCGCUCUUCUUUUUUAUUUAACUCCCCUCCAUAUUUCUCCUCUUUCACUCUCCCACCCUGUCCUUGCCUCAACUGUUGUGUUCAUACUUUAAUGAGAUUCUUACACAGGCCUUCCCAACACACACACACUUGUAAUUAAUGUUGAAGUACAACAUGCACACAGACUGAUAAGGGUAUCCUCUGUUCUCUACACAGGACUCUUACGGCCUUGAGUGUGUGCACUUGUGUGUGUGUGUCUGUAGGAGGGUCACUGGUAGUUUAAAACUGUCUCUCCUUUAUGAAGACCAAGUUAGCCUGAAGGGUAGAUUUUUUUUCCUUUCUUUCUGUGUUUCUUUGCCUUCACUUGAUCUGACGUUUCUUUCCCUCUCAUUUUAUCCCUAACGUUUCAAUUUAUUUUUCUCCUGUAGUUCUCUCCCUUUCUCCGCUCUUUUUCACUCCCUCUCCACUUUCUGCCUCCUUUAAGAGAGCUCCUCGAAAAGAGACAAGGGGGGAAGAUGUCUCUUCCCAAAAAGGAGGCAAAAAACAAAAUCCCCCUCUCUCUCCCCUCUCCUCCCCCUCCUCUCCCCCUCUCUCUCCCCCUCUUCUCUCUCCCCUCUCUCUCUCUCCUUCUUCUCCCCCCUCUUGUCUCUCUCCUCUCUCUCACACCUCAUCCUCGAUCUCCCCCCACCAUCCUCUCUCUCCCCCCUCAUCCUCUCUCCCUCUAUCUCUCUCUAGCAGUGUCUAGGUUUGUGUGGCGACAGGUUGAAACCCAAAAGGCCAAUUUGUCUUGUCACCACGGCCACUUAGGCGUCCUUCUCUGUGCCUGAGGGCCCUGCCACUUUAAACUGCUGGCUGAAUAAAACAUUUAACUCACCCCUCUGCCCUUAACCCACCUCUUCUCUCCUCCGCUCCCUCAUCCCUCCUGUUCUCCCCUGCUCCCGCCAUUCCUCCUUCAGCCUUCCUCCCUUUCGCUCCUCACCCACUCACUCACACCUCUCUGUUCUCUCCAUCUCUUUCUUCCCGCUUGUACUUUCAUACCUCACUUGUCUCGUUCUCUAUCUCAUUAUCCGUCAUCCCCUCUUUCUCCCCUUUGCCUCCACCACUCUUCUCCUUUAUCAUCUUAUCCCUCUAUUCUCUUCUUACUCUUCAUUCCACAGCCUCGUUCCUGUCUCUGUCAGUGAUGUGUUUUCUGCUUGCUCUCUCUCUCCCUCCCUCCUGCUACCUCCCCCUCUCUCUCUCCUCAUUUUCCCUCCCUUGCUCCCCCCCUUAUCUGUCUCUCUCUCGCCCUACGCUCUCCCUCACUCUCUCUGAUCUCCAUGUAAUAGAGGAGUAAUAGCCACUCUUGUUGAUUGGUUGGUAAUUUGAGGGAGUUAUGCACAGGUGCAAUUUGUAAUAUUUUCAGUAAAUUAAAUUUCUCUCUUUCUCUCUCCCUCUUUAACAAUCUCCCCCUCCCUCGCUUUCGUUUUUUAUCUGAUGCGCUGUUUCACUCUCCCUUUCUCUCUCAUUUUCUGUUUCUCUACCCUUUUUUCCCCUUCGUUUUCUGUUUAGCAAUGCGCUCAGUCCCCUCCCACUCUUUUUCUCUCUCCCUGUCCCUCCCUCCUUCCUCCCUCUUUCUCCCUCCCUCCCUCUUUCUCCCUUCCUCUCUCACUCACUCCCUACCUCUUUCUCCCUCCCUAUCUUUCUCCCUAUAUAUCUCUCUCUCCCUCCUUACAUCCCUCCCUCUCUCUUUCUCCCUCCGUUUUAUUGAUGUAUGUUCAGGCGCCCAUUAAAGCUCUUUUUUCCUCUAGUGGAAAUUGCAGCAUGUUAAUUUUCACACAAAUUACGGCAAUAGCAGGUAUCUCUAUUUGAUACAUUAUUGCUGGAGCAAUCAGAGAUAAUUGAGUGCCUUUCAGAGGGAGACGGCUGCAUUCACUCCCGGCUCAAAGCCGCCCCAUUAUCGCCUAAUCGCUCUUUAAACACUGAAAUUCACCGAACAAAAAUUCUUGUCAUAAUUUCGCUUAAGUGUAUUUGGAAAUCACAGGGCCUUUGAGCGAGGAUAAUUGAAAUCAAAUCCCUUUCACUGAAGCUGACAUUUCUACAUUUCCCCCCAAUUGAAAUUAAUUUCAAAAAUUGAGCAUGAAUAUCUUCAAAUAGCAGGCAAUUAUGCCUUGUGAAUGGGGAGAAAUUACCCAUUGGUGCAGGGCUGCGCUAGUGAGCGGGAGCGCCAGUUAAAUGUCUUUGUUUCCUGCAGUGUUUGGCUAGUAAAGAUUUACAUAUAUUGACUCAUUAUGGAGGCUUGUGAAGCCGAUCGCUAGGACUCAACCCAACGCUACAACAUCUGAGUUAAACCCUAUCAAAUAUCACAACACACAGCUACACAGGGAUUUCUCUCUCUUCUGUCUCUCGCAGCUGCAGUGGUGUGUGUGUGUGUGUUGUAAGGGGUCAACUGGAUCUGUAGGUUAACAGUGUCUAGGGGGAAUAUACACUGAGUGUACAAAACAUUAAGAACACGUUCCUAAUAUUGAGUUGCACCUCCACCCCACCUUUUGCCCUCAGAACAGCCUCAAUUUGUUGGGGCAUGGACUCUUGAUACACAUGGGAAACCGUUGAGCAUGCAAAACCCAGCAGCGUUGCAGUUCUUGAUGCUAGCCGGUGCGCCUCGCACCCACUACCAUCUACCAGUCUCUGAAUGGCACACAAACACAAUCCAUGUCUCAAUUAUCUCAAGGCUUAAAAAUCCUUCUUUAACCUGACACUAACUGAAGUGGAUUUAACAAGUGGUAUCAAUAAGGGAUCAUAGCUUUCACCUGGUCAGUCUAUGUCAUGGAAAGAGUUUGUACACUCAGUAUAUGGCAUGGAACCUUUAGAUGUAGCUCCAGUGUUUAUGGAUUAGUACUAGUGAUGGCUGACUGUGCAGUAUUUACUGUAUGAAUCUCAUACUGAGAAGGAGACUGUCACAGUCACACUUAUUUAGUCAUGUAGUUAUCCAUGUAGUCAUUGACCUCUUAGUACCUGUCUGAAUAGAAUACUAAUUGUUGUUGUUCUUUUUUUUGGGGGGGGGUGGGAUUUUAGUAUGUUCAGUCGAUUGUGUGCGCUUUUGUGGCCCAUUUUAGACUGUUGGCUGUGGUUUAGCGAUUUAGACCCAUUUGUAUGCUCUCUUUUUCUUUCAUCCUCUUUCACUCUCCACUCCCUCUCUCUUUGCUCCCCCCCCCCCCCUUCUCUCUCCCUCUCACCUUGUUUCUAUCUCCCUCUCACCCCAUACUUUACAGGUUCACUUGUAUGAGAAAGGGAAGUGCACCUACUCUAUGUGUGUGUGUGUGUCUGUGUGUGCAAAUUGAGUGAGGGGGGUAGUUAGCAAGGUUGUGGGGGGGGGGGGGGGGGGGGGGGGGUGUUCGCUCCCAAGAGAGGCAAUUUCACAGCUGGUUUGCUCUUUGGGCAGCCAGGCUGAAAAUGCAGCAGACUUGUGGUGCAAACUGAAAUGGUGUCAGUACAAGAACAAAGCACUGAGCCGAAUGACGAGGCGUUUGUGGUUGUGUGUGCUCUAAAUUCAAUAACGACCUGUAACACCUUUAGCCACGCCUCUUCGACACCUGUCAGUCAAGUCCAGUGCGACUUUGUGUUUAUGGCUAGGUUGUGUGAGAGAGGAAGUGUGUGUGCUCAGCUCUGCAUUGGCAACGGUAACCAAGGGUCCAUUAUGGGAUUCAUUGUUGGUUGUUGACCAGGCAGUGCAUCGUGGGUCAACUGCUGUGUGUCUCGCAUGGCCAUAGACGACCAUUAUAUAUAUAUAUAUAUAUAUAUAUAUAUAUAAAAUAUAAAUAUAAAUAUAAAUGCACACAUACACACACACACACUUGUCAAACGCUAUACACACUCAUUCAUAGACAUUGAAGACACAAUCCAUAUGCAGACACAGGCAUUACGGAUGCUAACACUGUCAUACACGCAUCAUAAUAAUAACAUACUACAUACCCUUGAUGCCAGUUGUUGGGUGUCCUGUAGUUGAAUGUAACAGUCAGUGUAAUUAGCGUUGUGAUAAUGGCUUCAUGCAGUAUAAUGACUAAUCACAUUGACAGCGUCUGUUGUUCAGCUGCCUCUUCUCUCUCUCUCAAAGAUCUUAUCACAACAAACUAUUAUCAACCAGGUGAUUUGCACAUUAUCUUAUUGCUCUUUCUCUCUCUACCUCUUUCUCUCUUUUUACUUCCCUCUCCUCUCUCCCUCUUUACUACCCUCCUUUCCCUCUCUACCUCCCUCCCUCUCUCACCCACUACCUCAUUAUCUCUCUCUCUCUCUCUCGCUCUCAGGCGUGUGACCAGAGUUAAUUGUUGCUGAAAUUAACAAACCAAACACAUUUGUCUACUGCUUUAUUGGUCAUGCUCCCUGAGAGGAGGCUGGCGAGAUGGAAAUAGAUGAGAGGGGAGAGAUGGAAAUAGGAUGAUCAGGGAUGUGAGAGCAUGGUCUGAGAUGAGGGGAGGAAAGAGUUGGAGGAGGAGACUGUAUAUUUUAUGACAGCUCAUUAAAUACAGGUAACUGCCGAAAUAAUAUGAAAUGCAAACAUUUAGUGUCUUAAUAGGAUGUUGGGCCACCACGAGUCAGAACAGAAUCAAUGCACCUUGGCAUAAAUUCUACAAGUGUCUGGAACUCUAUUGGAGGGAUGUGACACCCUUGUUCCACGAGAAAUUCCAUCAUUUGGUGUUUUGUUGAUGGUGGUGGAAAACGCUUUUCUCAGGCGCCGCUCCAGAAUCUCCCAUAAGUGUUCAAUUGGGUUGAGAUCUGGUGACUGAGAUGGCUGUGGCAUAUGGUUGACAUCGUUUUCAUGCUCAUCAAACCAUUCAGUGACCACUCGUGCCCUGUGGAUGGGGGGUAUUGUCAUCCUAUGGGGGCAUAGCCAUGGUAGCCAAAAUAAUGGGCUGCCCAGCAUUUUUAUACAUGACCCUAAGCAUGAUGGGAUGUUAAUAACUUAAUUAACUCAGGAACCACACCUGUAUGGAAGCACCUGCUUUCAAAACAAUUCAUAUCCCUCAUUUACUUGUUUCCAUUAUUUUGGCAGUUACCUGUAUAUUAUCAGAGCACCUUGGGUUUUAGUGACACUGGGGUUGGAUUAAAGGGCUUGGAACAGUCUUUUUUCUCAUUUGACGAACUACAAGUUUGACUGCUACAGUACCUGUUGAAGAGUGUGUAAUAAUGUGUGUGUUCUCUCCACAGUACUCUGAGAAAGCCCUGUACACCCAGCUGUGCUACUACAGGUUCAUCUUCGACUGGGAGUACGCUGUCACCAAAAUACUACAGAGCGACGAGAGAGGUAAAACUGCACACACACACACACACUAGCAUUCAAUUGACACCCACUUACUGUACAUACAUCUUACAUAGGCCUAUGUAUUAAGACACACAUACAGUUUGUCGUAACUGUCACACUCACGUGUAGACACUAGUGAUGCGCGGGUUCACUCAUAACCAACACUUCCCGCGGUUAUAUCCGCCUGGCUGGCUGGUUUAGGGGCAUUAAGUAUUUUGUGGAUGACGGGCGGGUUGAAUAGAGCAAACAAUGCAUAAAAAAUCCAUAUAUAAUUAUUAUCUAUAGGCUACAUUGUUUUUUUUAUUGUUAUUUUAUAUUAGUGCGUAGCCUAAGCCUACCCUUUAGGGCCUAACUGUACGCUCGCCAAAUACACACCAAUUGCCAAAUGCUUUGGGAAUUUGAGCAGAAAAGGUUAACUUUGAUCCACUAAUGCAAAAAAAUACUAUCAGAGUUUAAUUCAAUAAGAGAAAAGCUGCAAAAUGGACAGUUGAAAAUAAAUAGAAGGGAGGAACAGUAGCCUAAUGUUUCGGAAAGAUUUGGUGAAGUGGUAAAAGAGGAUAAUAGCAGUGCCGGCUAUGUGAAAUGUGAUGGUUGUGAGGCGCUAUACAAAUUUAAUAGUCACAUGACGGGGACUUCAAAAUUGCAUGUCAAGGGAACUGUAGGCUUCUGUUCAGAUGGUUAAAUGGAACAGUAGCCUGAAAUCUGGACACUGACUGUAGGUCUAUAACCUCUCACAUAGCCUAAAAUAAUAUGAACUCCUGCAGAAUGAUUUCUUUCUUUCAGCAUCUUGAGAGAAUUAAUGCGAGGUUAGGGACUGUCUGUAAAGGUGCUAUCUUUAUCAGCAUCAUAAAAUAUGCAUCCAAGUCAAACUGAAAUCAGAAACAUGUUAGGUAGUUUUCACAGCUUUUAAUUUCCUUAAAACCGGUCAAACUGUCAUUUGGAAAUUUUGCACAGAUAAUCUUUUUUGUUGUUGCAUUUUCUCCCCGGUCCCUAGACGUCUUUGCUGCACGAGUGAAGCAGCAGAAAAAAAUUACUUUACCGAUGUCAACUAGAUUGAAGCAUUCAUUCUAUCGAUUUGACAUUAUUCUGGUGAGCAAGGGUUUAUUUAGUAUUCUAAGGCAACAAGUAAUGACCGAAGAAAAGCUACAUGUAUCUAAUUAUAGACAAGUUGACUGACAAAUAGCCUACCAAAAUCUCGGAAAUUAUAAGCAGAAACAUAGGCCUAUCUAAAAGGUCUGUCAAAAAAUUGGUCCGCCUCACUGACUGUACAGCACAUUUUCUAUAUUUGCGGGUUAGGUUCGGAUGCGGGCCUCAGAUUUUAACUAUCACAUAGUCAUGCGGUUGCGGGUGGGUUAUUAGCAAUUGCGGGCGGGGGUGGAUGAACAAACAGCUGACCAACGCAUCACUAGUAGACACACACCCAGGCGUUGGUGGAUGGGCGUGGGCUAUGAGGGGGUUGGGUUAAGGACGCUCAGCUCCUCAAGUCGACAGCCCUAAUUUCAUAGACGGAUUCAAUCUCUCUCUCUCACACACACACACACACACAGAGAGAGAGAGAGAAUCUCACACAAUCAUACACACACCGAAUGCAAAACGGUCCAAUCACAGAGGGAAAGAGCUCUCCAUCUCUCUCUCUCUCUUUCCUGCUCUCCUUCCUUUUCUCCGACAGCCACUCUGUUGCCAGUGUUGAUUGAAAACAGGUUUUAGAUUUGGGGAAAUGAUAGGGGGAGUAAUAGGCAAGCGGAUGAAAGGAUAGCCCUUCUGCCUUAAUAGGACAUGGAGCGUAUAUUUCCACCCGGACCCAUUUAGCCGCGACGCACCGCGCUCUGGGCUCGCUCAGUAGGCCCCUUACCCACAGUCCUCUGAUUGAUGUCACUUGAUUAGAAAGGGUCGCUCUGCGAAUAGAUUUAUUUAUUUGAUUAAAUAUUUAUGUAUGUAUGUGUAAGGACGUGUGUGUGUGUGGAUGCAUGUGUGUAAGCGAGGGCCGGAGAGAGGGAGAGAAAGAGCGAGGCAGCGGAGGUAAAUAUAAGUUGUAAUCAAUAGAUGACCACUCUGGAGACGGAUAGCGCAGGAAUGGCUGGAUAGGGAUGGAGGAGAGGUGGCGGCGGUGAGGAGGGAUAACAUGAUUAUAGCCUCUUUCUUUUGUGUUUUUCCCCCUCUUUCUUUGAUGUGAGAAAUCAACGCCAAUCCUUUAUUUCCCGCCCCUUUUCUGCCUUGCUUUCUUUACUUGCUUUUUAUUAUUUCCUUCUUUUGCUUCUGGCCUUGUCAGGUUCUUUGUUUGGUCAACUGUAGAAAGAACCGUUUCACCCUUUUCACUCGUGGGAAUUGGCCUAUAUGGAUAGGGCUAAAAUGAAAUGUUUUUUACAGAAGAAAUAUGGAAAGCAUAUGCAUAACCAUGUUAGCAAUUAAAAGGAAACAGUUUGGAUAUAAUGGGGAAAUUAUUAGAUUAAAGGUGAGUACACAACAGUUCACCUGAAUCCAAACAUUACACUGUUGAUUUUAUGAGCAUUUUACAUUUACUGUACUUUCGCUGCAUUUGUUAACGAAAUCUGAAAAUACUCUUGAUACAUUCAGUAACAUGAUAAGAAUAUGGGGAAGGUGUAACAUAAGACAACAAAAAUGACAAGGUUUUGAGUGAGAGGACUAACUGGUGUCUCCAAGUGGCCACACACCUCUCCAAAGUGUGCACAGGUCCUAAGUAAUUUCAAUGCACUUUUAUGACUCAAAGAAGAGUCUUCAUCUAUUAGCUCUCCUAGCUGUGCCUUUGAGGAACUAGAUCAAGCACACUUGUAGUUGUUUUGUUUGGAACACAGCACUGCAUCCCCGCCAUCACACAAUUACUGUUUGCGCAAUCCAAAAAUGGCCCAUUUGAAAGCUUGUUCUAUUGCCAACAUGACUAGUUAAAUUAUAAGAUACGAUGUUAGUGUUAGGCUUUCACAAGGCAAUUCAGAGAAGCAGAUCGUAAUUUUGGUGCGCAUAGAAAGAAGUCAUGAGUGCAUUCAGAUGUGCGUCCGUGGCAAACUUUCUUCACAAUACAACAAACAGGCUCAUUCUGUUCAGGACAACCCAGGGUAUAACGCCAUGUCAUCUUGUAACUGUACAUCAAACAUAGUGAUCAUAAACAUUGACACUAUAUUACAUGAGUGUUAUGAUAUGGAAAUGUGAAGUGCACAUUUGGACUCUCACGGGUAUUUGGCUUGCUUGUAUGACAUCAAAGCGGUAUUUAUUAUAUAAUCCUCAAUGUCUCAUCUUUCAAAAUACAUUGAGUCCUCAUAAUUUACAGCAUUUCCCUCACUCAGACAACAAAAAAGUUGCAAAAUAUACCCAAUUAGCAGGAGGGAUGGGGGCGGCAACUUGUCGUGCGCGGUGCUCAAGUUCAGAACGUCUGUCAGUCAAAACCAAUACAGCGCUGUGACGUGCAGAGCCUGAGCUCUGACGUCAUGUAUAGCAUGUUACUGGACAGCCACUGCGUCACAGUUUAGGCACUUAUCAGUGUGCAAAUCUGCCAUAAAGGGCUAUACUUUUAUUGUAUAGUUUUCAACUACACACUAUGUAUAUUUCAUCUCCCAGGCUUAAACACACAAGACUGUAUAGGACUACUCUCACUCGCCCUCACAACACACACACGUCCUGGAUUCGCUCAGACUGGGAUAACUCUAGGUGUGACUGGAUUAGUGGACUGACUGGGCCGACACGCACACCCACACACACAGACCCGUGCAGCUGUAAAGUAUAUGUUGUGUGUGUUAUCCCCUGGUCCCGGGGCAGUAAUACCACAUAUUACUGUAUUACACUCCCUGGGGAAGCUCUGCUAGGAUUACAGGGCCAGACAACACAGUGGUCCUACACACUCCUUACCUGCUGGGGGGGGGGUGUUGGGUUACCAAACUUUUAACCUAGUUUAGUUUCCUUAACCUUUUGCUUUCACGGUUUCACUUUAUUUGGAUAGUCCGGCUAGUCCAUCUAUAGAUGCUCUGCAGAUGUUCAUACUAUCUGUUGAUAUGCAAUUGCUUGCUAAAUUUGUGGUUAGGGUUAGUAGAUAGUUGAAAAGUAGGUAGUUGAAAUGUUACUGAUAGUCUGUAGAGCGUCUACAAAUCAUAUCAAAUUGUAUUUGUCACAUGCGCCGAAUACAACCGGUGUAGACCUUACAGUGAAAUACUUACUUACAAGCCCUUAACCAACAAUGCAGUUUUUUAAGAAAAAAAUCGAUUACUAAAAUCUAAAAAUAACAAAUAAUUAAAGAGCAGCUGUAAAACAACAGUAGCAAGGCUAUAUACAGGGGGUACCGGUACUGAGUCAAUGUGCGGAGGCACAGGUUAAAUGACUAAAAUGUAAUAUGUAAAUGUAGGUAGAGUUAAAAUGACUAUGCACAGAUAAUAAACAGCAGCAGCGAAAAGGGGGAGGGGGGGGGGGGGGGGUGCAAAUAGUCCGGGUAGCCAUUUGAUUAGCUGUUCAGUCUUAUGGCUUGGGGGUAGAAGCUGUUAAGAAGCCUUUUGGACCUAGACUUGGCGCUCCGGUACCGCUUGCCGUGCGGUAGCAGAGGGAACAGUCUAUGACUAGGGUGGCUGGAGUCUUUGACAAUUUUUAGGGCCUUACUCUGACACCGCCUGGUAUAGAGGUCCUGGAUGGCAGGAAGCUUGGCCCCAGUGAUGUACUGGGGCGUACGGACUACCCCCUGUAGUGCCUUGCGGUCAGAGGCCGAGCAGUUACCAUACCAGGCAGUGAUGCAACCAGUCAGGAUGCUCUUGAUGGUGCAGCUGUAUAACUUCUUGAGGAUCUGAGGACCCAUGCCAAAUCUUUUCAGUCUCCUGAUGGGUAAUAGGCUUUGUCGUGCCCUCUUCACGACUGUCUUGGUGUGUUUGGACCAUGAUAGUUUGUUGGUGAUGUGGACACCAAGGAACUUGAAGCUCUCAACCUGUUCCACUACAGGCCCGUCGAUGAGAAUGGGGGCAUGCUCAGUCCUCUUUUCUUUCAUGUAAUCGACAAUCAUCUCCUUUUGUCUUGAUCACGUUCAGGGAGAGGUUGUUAUCCUGGCACCACAUGGCCAGGUCUCUGAACUCCUCCCUAUAGGAUGUCUCAUCGUUGUUGGUGAUCAGGCCUACCACUGUUGUGUCGUCGGCAAACUUAAUGAUGGUGUUGGAGUCAUGCCUGGCCAUGCAGUCAUGGGUGAACAGGGAGUACAGGAGGGGACUGAGCACACACCCCUGAGGGGCCCCCGUGUUGAGGAUCAGCGUAGCAGAUUAGUUACCUACCCUUACCACCUGGGGGCGGCCCGUCCGGAAGUCCAGGAUCCAGUUGCAGAGGGAGGUGUAUAGUCCCAGGGUCCUUAGCUUUGUGAUUAGUUUUGAGGGCACUAUGGUGUUGAACGCUGAGCUGUAGUCAAUGAAUAGCAUUCUCACGUAGGUGUUCCUUUUGUCCAGGUGGGAAAGGGCAGUGUGGAGUGCAAUAGAGAUUGCAUAAUCUGUGGAUCUGUUGGGGCGGUAUGCAAAUUGGAGUUGGUCUAGGGUUUCUGGCACUUCAUGGCUACAGACGUGAGUGCUACAGGUCGGUAGUCAUUUAGGCAGGUUACGUUAGUGUUCUUGAGCACAGGGACUAUGGUGGUCUGCUUGAAACAUGUUGGUAUUACAGACUCAGUCAGGGACAUGUUGAAAAUGUCAGUGAAGACACUUGCCAGUUGGUCAGCGCAUGCUCGGAGUACAAGUCCUGGUAAUCCGUCUGGCCCUGCGGCCUUGUGAAUGUUGAUCUGUUUAUAAGUCUUACUCACAUCGGCUACGGAGAGCGUGAUCAAAUUGUCGUCCGGAACAGCUGAUGCUCUCAUGCAUGCUUCAGUGUUGCUUGCCUCGAAGCGAGCAUAAAAGUAAUGCAGCUCGUCUGGUAGGCUCGUGUCACUGGGCAGCUCGCGGCUGUGCUUCCCUUUGUGGUCUGUAAUAGUUUGCAAGCCCUGCCACAUCCGACGACCGUCGGAGCCGAUGUAGUACGAUUCAAUUUUAGUCCUGUAUUGACGCUUUGCCUGUUUGAUGGUUCGUUAGAAGGCAUAGCGGGAUUUCUUAUAAGCGUCCGGGUUGGAGUCCCGCUCCUUGAAAGCGGCAGCUCUACCCUUUAGCUCAGUGCGGAUAUUGCCUGUAAUCCAUGGCUUCUGGUUGGGGUAUGUACGUACGGUCACUGUGGGGACGACGUCAUCGAUGCACUAAUUGAUGAAGGCACUCCUCAAUGCCAUCAGAAGAAUCCCAGAACAUAUUCAAGUCUGUGCUAGCAUAACAGUCCUGUAGUUUAGCAUCGGCAUCAUCUGACCACUUUAUUGACCGAGUCACUGGUGCUUCCUGCUUUAGUUUUUGCUUGUAAGCAGGAAUCAGUAGGAUAGAGUUAUGGUCAGAUUUGCCAAAUGGAGGACGAGGGAGAGCUUUGUACGCGUCUCUGUGUGGAGUAAAGGUGGUCUAUAGGACUGAUGGUAGAGGCAGAUUACCCACUCUCUGUCGGAUCCUUACAAGGCACCCUGACCUACGUCCCCGAUAUCUUUGUCUCUUUCUCAUGCGAAUGACAGGGAUUUGGGCCUUGUCUGGUGUCUGAAGAAAAUCCUUUGCAUCCGACUCGUUAAAGAUAAAAUCUUCAUCCAGUACGAAGUGAGUCAUCGCUGUCCUGAUAUCCAGAAGAUCUUUUCGGUCAUAAGAGAUGGUGGCAGAAACAUAAUGUACAAAAUAAGUUUCAAAUAACCCGAAAAAACACACACAAAAGCACAAUUGGUUAGGAGCCCGUAAAACGGCAGCCAUCUCCUCUGGCGCCAAAAUGGACAUUUACAUUUACGUCAUUUAGCAGACGCUCUUAUCCAGAGCGACUUACAAAUAGGUGCAUUCACCUUACAGCCAACUAUCCAUAUAGCAUUCACUAAUAUUUCUUAAAUCUUUACCUUAAUAGGCCUAUAUGACUUGUGUUUGCUGCAGGGACUACUUUUCUGUUAUCGGAGAGGAGACAGAGAAGGUGUCUGUCUGUCUGAUCUACAUUAUUGUGCCCGAUUGCUGUGACUGAGUUAAACAUGGAAGUAAUUUCCUCCCCAGCAGGAGAUCUCUAAUAGAAUACACAGACACAUGCACACACCUAGCUGCCAGCAGUGUUCCCCCAUGAUAAAACAAUCUCAUUCUUGGCAAUAAUUAAAUGAUUUCCACAGCAUUUUGUGGCACGCUUCAGCUUUCUCUCCUCCCUCCUUCACUCCCUCUCUCUGUUCUCCUCUCUGUCUCGCUCGCUCUCUGUCUGUUGUGUAGAGAAUAUGAUUGUGUGUGUGAACCAUAAUUUAAUUUCUCUGCAUUGAUCAGAUAUAAAUUGUCCUCUCCUGAUGCCUCAAUCACACACAGCUCCUCUGCCCCUCUUCACAGCACUACACCUUUACCCCCUCCUUUCACUCACUUUUUCUCCCUCUCUCCCCCUCUGCUUUUCCUCCCUCCUCUCUCUCCUGCUCCCCUCUCCUCUUGUAUCCUCCCUAUCUCCUCUCUCUCCUGCCCCCCUCUCCUCUUGUAUCCUCCCUCUCUCCUCUCUCCCUCCGCCUCCCUCCGUCUUCUCUCUUCUGCUCGCUCUCCCUCUUCUCCCUUCUCCCUCCCUCCCUACCAGUCCAUAUAAGGACGGUAAGUCUGUGGGUGCGAUUGUCAAAUCAAUUAUUCCUUCUGUGCAAUUACCUUCACACAAAGACGUUUCCCCGUGCUAACCGUGCUCCACCAUGCUCCGACAGGUGAUUUAAAUGUACUGCUGUCCCAGUUGGCCGCUACGCUAGCUGCUAACAGCCAUCUGCUAAUAGAAUAUUCAUGUUAGCAUUAGCAAACGGUAUGGCCCGGCUCCAUUAUUUUUCAUCACGUUAGUGUUGGCGCCAGGAUCGUUUUGGCCCAUCUCCAUUAACUUCAUCAUGCACACUUAAUUAUACCCUUGUUAUUGUAUACCUAGUUAGAGCGGCGCGCCGCACAGCCCUGUUACACUGCAGACAGGCCCGGCAGUGUGUCUGUGUGGUGUCUCCCUCUCUGUCAUGCCUUUUUCUCUCUAGUCUUUUCUCCCUUUCUCCUGACUGUUCCUUCCUUUUCUUUCAUUCUGUUUCUCCUUUUGUUUGUCUGUCUUCCUCUCCUCAUUCCUCCCUUUCUCUCCUUCCUAUCUUUUUUAUUUUAUUUUUCUCCUUCCCACUCUUUUAAAGGGAGGCCAUUUAUUUGAACUGCAACCCCUACUGAGAACUGGGCUCGAUCUUUCUCUACUGCCCUCUCCCUCUUUCUCUCCCUCCCUCCCUCUUUCUCACUCUGACUCUUAAAUCAUUCUUUUAUCCAUUCCACACACAGUGAUUGAGGGGGAAAAGAGAAAGAAUGAAGAAAUGCAGGAGGAGGACGAGAGAAAAAAAUAUUUUCUCCUACCUUUCAGAAAUGAUGACAUGAUUGCGUUCGCUUGAUCAUACAUAAUCUUCUUUCUUCUCCCCCCCCUCUCUAUUCCUCAGAUAAAUAGUCCCCCCUCCUCUCCCCUCUACCAUUCUGCUUUAACUUUCUCACCCUCUCUCUCCCCCUUUCUUCAUUUUUUCCUCCCUCCUGUUCUCUCCCUUUCUCCUUCCGCUGAGGUGAGGAUUAUCUAGUAAUGGUUGCUUGUGGCGGCUGGGUCAGCCUCACCAACCUCUGUCGUGUGUGUAAGCGAGGAAGCGAGCGCAUCAUCCUUUUUCCAUCUGUUCCCUUCUCGGUUCCUGAGCAUGCCAUCUUCUGUCAUGUGUGUGUUCAACCUUUGUUCCCUCUGGGCAGCUUGUCCCUGUGUAUUUAUACAACACCCACUAAUGCACCACACAGAGAAGAAAAUGAGAGCGCGAAAGAAGGGAUGACAGAGAGCGAGGAGGAUGGAUAAUAGGAGUGUAGCAGAGAGGAGAGUGGAAUCGGAUAGAGGAAUUAAUACAUGUGCAUAUUUAGAAUAUAUACUAUAUAUGUUUUGUAUGAAAGGGGUAGAAAGAAAGGCUUUAUUGGAGAUUAUAAACUGGGUUGUUCGAGCCCUGAAUGCUGAUUGGCUGAAAGCCGUGGUCUACCACGGGUAUGACAAAACAUUUAUUUUUACUGUUCUAAUUACGUUUGUAACCAGUUUAUAAUAGCAGUAAGGCACCUUGGAGGUUGGUGGUGUCGUGCAUAUGAACAGCCCUUAGCCGUGGUAUAUUGGCCAUAUACCAAACCCCCUCGGCCUUACUGCUUAAUUAUAAACCGGGUAGUUCGAGCCCUGAAUGCUGAUUGGCUGAAAGCCGUGGUAUAUCAGACCCUAUUCCGGGGGGGGGGGGGGGGGGCUACUUUGAAGCAAAGCUGUCAUCAAGGCAAAGGGUGGCUACUUUGAAGAAUCUCAAAUGAAUACGUUCGCAAGCCACUGUGUAUAUAUAUAUGAACCAUAGACAAUUAAUGAACAUGCACCUGUGGAACGGUCGUUAAGACACUAACAGCUUACAGAUGGUAGGCAAUUAAGGUCACAGUUAUGAAAACUUAGGACACUAAAGAGGCCUUUCUACUGACUGUGAAAAACACCAAAAGAAAGAUGCCCAGGGUCCCUACUCAUCUGCGUGAACGUGCCUUAGGCAUACUGCAAGGAGGCAUGAGGACUGCAGAUGCGGCCAGGGCAAUAAAUUGGACUGAGGGCUUGUAGGCCUGUUGUAAGGCAGGUCCUCACCAGACAUCACCAGCAACAAUGUCGCCUAUGGGCACAAACCCACCAUCGCUGGACCAGACAGGACUGGCAAAAUGUGCUCUUCACUGGUUUUGUCUCACCAGGGGUGAUGGUCAGACUCGCUUUUAUCGUUGAAGGAAUGAGCGUUACACCGAGGCCUGUACUCUGGAACGGGAUCGAUUUGGAGGUGGAGGGUCCGUCAUGGUCUGGGGCGGUGUGUCACAGCAUCAUCGGACUGAGCUUGUUGUCAUUGCAGGCAAUCUCAACGCUGUGCGUUACAGGGAAGACAUCCUCCUCCCUCAUGUGGUACCCUUCCUGCAGGCUCAUCCUGACAUGACCCUCCAGCAUGACAAUGCCACCAGCCAUACUGCUCGUUCUGUGCGUGAUUUCCUGAAAGACAGGAAUGUCAGUGUUCUGCCAUGGCCAGCGAAGAGCCCGGAUCUCAAUCUCAUUUGAGCACGUCUGGGACCUGUUGGAUCGGAGGGUGUGGGCUAGGACCAUUCCCCCCAGAAAUGUCCGGGAACUUGCAGGUGCCUUGGUGGAAGAGUGGGUAACAUCUCACAGCAAGAACUGGCAAAUCUGGUGCAGUCCAUGAGGAGGAGAUGCACUGCAGUAAUUAUUGCAGCUGGUGGCUACACCAGAUACUGACUCUUACUUUUGAUUCCCCCCCCCCCCCCCCUUUGUUCAGGGACACAUUAUUACAUUUCUGUUAGUCACAUGUCUGUGGAACUUGUUCAGUUUCUCAUUUGUUGAAUCUUGUUAUGUUCAUACAAAUAUUUACACAUGUUAAGUUUGCUGAAAAUAAACUAUUUUAUAUACUACCAGUCAAAAGUUUACACACACCUACUCAUUCAAGGGUUUUUCUUUAUUUUGACUAUUUUGUUACAUUGUAGAAUAAUAGUGAAGACAUCAAAACUAUGAAAUAGCAUUUAUGGAAUCAUGUAGUAACCAAAAAAUGUUAAACAAAUCAAAAUAUAUUUUAUAUUUGAGAUUCUUCAAAUAGCCACCCUUUGCCUUGAUGACAGCUUUGCACACUCUUGGCUUAGUUUUGCCAGUUUGCGCUGUUCUGUGAAGAGAGUAUUACACAGCGUUGUACGAGAUCUUCAGUUUCUUGGCAAUUUCUUGCAUGGAAUAGCCUUCAUUUCUCAGAACAAGAAUAGACUGACGAGUUUCAGAAGAAAGUUAUUUGUUUCUUGCCAUUUUGAUUCUGUAAUUGAACCCACAAUUGCUGAUGCUCCAGAUACUCAACUAGUCUCAAGAAGGCCAGUUUUAUUGCUUCUGUAAUCAGCACAACAGUUUUCAGCUGUGCUAAGGGGUUUUCUAAUGAUCAAUUAGCCUUUUAAAAUGAUAAACUUGGAUUAGCAAACACACAACGUGCCAUUGGAACACUGGACUGAUGGUUGCUGAUAAUGGGCCUCUGUACGCCUAUGUAGAUAUUCCAUUAAAAAUCAGCUACAAUAGCCAUUUACAACAUUAACAAUGUCUACACUGUAUUUCUGAUCAAUUUGAUGUUAUUUUAAUGGACAAAAAAAUUGCAUUUUUUUUUUUGAAAACAAGGUAAUUUCUAAGUGACCCCAAACUUUUGAAAGGUAGUGUACACACACAGUGCAUUCGGAAAGUAUUCAGACCCCUUGACUUUUCCACAUUUUGUUACAUUACAGCCUUAUUCUAAAAUGGAUUAAAUAGUUUUUCCCCCCCUCAUCAAUCUACACACAAUACCCCAUAAUGACAAGGCAAAAACAGGUUUGUAGAGAUUUUUGCAGAUGUAUAUAAAAAUAAUAAUAAUAAUAAUUACAAGUAUUCAGACACUUUACUCUGUACUACUACUUUACUUUACGUUGUUGAAGUACCUUUGGCAGCGAUUACAGCCUCGAGUCUUCUUGGGUAUGACGCUACAAGCUUGGCACACCUGUAUCUGGGGAGUUUCUCCCAUUCUUCUCUGCAGAUCCUCUCAAGCUCUGUCAUUGUUGAAUGGGGAGCGUUGCUGCACAGCUGUUUUCAGGUCUCUAGAGAUGUUUGAUCGGGUUCAAGUCCGUGCUCUGGCUGGGCCACUCAAGGGCAUUCAGAGACGUGUCCCAAAGCCACUCCUGCGUUGUCUUGGCUGUGUGCUUAGGGUCGUUGUCCUGUUGGAAGGUGAACCUUCGCCACAGUCUGAGGUACUGAGCAGGUUUUCAUCAAGGAUCUCUCUGUACUUUGCUCCGUUCAUAUUUCCCUCGAUUCUGACUAGUCUCACAGUCCUUGCCGCUGAAAAACAUCCCCAUAGCAUGAUGCUGCCACCACCAUGCUUCACCGUAGGAAUGGUGCCAGGUUUCCUCCAGACGUGAUGCUUGGCAUUCAGAAUCUUGUUUCUCAUGGUCUGAGUCCUUUAGGUCCCUUUUGGCAACCUCCAAGCGGGCUGUCAUGUGCCUUUUACUGAGGAGUGGCUUCCGUCUGGCCACUCUACCAUAAAGGCCUGAUUGGUGGAGUGCUGCCGAGAUGGUUGUCCUUCUGGAAGGUUCUCCCAUUUCCACAUAGGAACUCUGGAGCUCUGUCAAAGUGACCAUCGGGUUGUUGGUCACCUCCCUGACCAAGAAGGCCCUUCUCCCCCGAUUGCUCAGUUUGGCCGGGGGCUGCCAGCUCUAGGAAGAGUCUUGGCGGUUCUAAACUUCUUCCAAUUAAGAAUGAUGGAGGCCACUGUGUUCUUGGGGACCUUCAAUGCUGCAGAAAUGUUUUGGUACCCUUCCCCAGAUCUGUGCCUCGACACAAUCCUGUCUCGGAGCUCUACGGACAGUUCCUUCGACCUCAUGGCUUGGUUUUUGCUCUGACAUGCACUGUCAACUGUGGGACCUUAUAUAGACAGGUGUGUGCCUUUCCAAAUCAUGUCCAAUCAAUUGAAUUUACCACAGGUGGACUCCAAUCAAGUGUAGAAACAUCUCAAGGAUGAUCAAUGGAAACAGGAUGCACCUGGGCUCAAUUUCUAGUCUAAUAGCAAAGGGUCUGAAUACUUAUGUAAAUAAGGUAUUUCUGUUUUUUAUGUUUAAUACAUUUGCAAAAAUGUCUAAACCUGUCUUCAGUUUUGAAUUGGGCAUCCAAUGUAUGGGACAUUGCAACUCAAUAGAUGCUAGUCAGCCUUUAAAGUAAACACUUUUAAGGUAGCGGGGACCCUAACCAGCGACCUAUCGGCCACCGGCCCAAGCUCCCAACCACCAGGCCACCAACCCUCCAAGAUCCCCCCCCCCCCCCCCCACACACACACACACACACACAAUUCCCUGAGAGCUGUUCCUCAACCAUCUGUUCCCCCCCCGAAAGAAUAUACAUCAUAAUAAAAUGCCUCUUCCUCCAUUCCCCCCACCAAGCCUCCGUCUCCCAAUGCACCAACGAAAUGAAAAAAAAAUUUGAAAUACUAAGGAGAACAACAAUGCAAAAAACAAAAGACAUCAAGGACAACAAAAAUCUAAACAUCACGGCCAACUGUAUACAUUUGAGUGCAUGUCUGGCACUAUUGUUUGAAUGAGAGCGUGUGUAUAUGCAUGUGUACACGCAUACAAGCACCUGCGCGGCAUCAGUCUCAGGCAAACAGGCUUUGGAUGUAACAACAUUGUCAUUCAAACUUAGUUUUUUUUUUACUUUUAUCUUUGACGUCAUUCUAUCCCCCGCCCAGCAACUCCACUUCCACUUGUCUCCAGUUCCACAUCCCCAACCCUCAGCUUCCCUCAGCCCAUCCCACCUAUCUCUGCUGGCCACCCUCUUCGGAUUUCUAAUCUUCAGAUAUCUUUCAACUAUGCUGUGAUGUUUAACAUACAAUUUGUAUCUAUCUAAUCGAAUAGAAUCCACAGAUUGCGAGUUGAAGAUAAAUACAGUGGGGAAAAAAAGUAUUUGGUCAGCCACCAAUUGUGCAAGUUCUCCCACUUAAAAAGAUGAGAGAGGCCUGUAAUUUUCAUCAUAGGUACACGUCAACUAUGACAGACAAAAUGAGGGGAAAAAAAUCCAGAAAAUCACAUUGUAGGAUUUUUUAUGAAUUUAUUUCCAAAUUAUGGUGGAAAAUAAGUAUUUGGUCAAUAACAAAAGUUUCUCAAUACUUUGUUAUAUACCCUUUGUUGGCAAUGACACAGGUCAAACGUUUUCUGUAAGUCUUCACAAGGUUUUCACACACUGUUGCUGGUAUUUUGGCCCAUUCCUCCAUGCAGGUCUCCUCUAGAGCAGUGAUGUUUUGGGGCUGUCGCUGGGCAACACGGACUUUCAACUCCCUCCAAAGAUUUUCUAUGGGGUUGAGAUCUGGAGACUGGCUAGGCCACUCCAGGACCUUGAAAUGCUUCUUACGAAGCCACUCCUUCGUUGCCCGGGCGGUGCGUUUGGGAUCAUUGUCAUGCUGAAAGACCCAGCCACGUUUCAUCUUCAAUGCCCUUGCUGAUGGAAGGAGGUUUUCACUCAAAAUCUCACGAUACAUGGCCCCAUUCAUUCUUUCCUUUACACGGAUCAGUCGUCCUGGUCCCUUUGCAGAAAAACAGCCCCAAAGCAUGAUAUUUCCACCCCCAUGCUUCACAGUAGGUAUGGUGUUCUUUGGAUGCAACUCAGCAUUCUUUGUCCUCCAAACACGACGAGUUGAGUUUUUACCCAAAAGUUAUAUUUUGGUUUCAUCUGACCAUAUGACAUUCUCCCAAUCCUCUUCUGGAUCAUCCAAAUGCACUCUAGCAAACUUCAGACGGGCCUGGACAUGUACUGGCUUAAGCAGGGGGACACGUCUGGCACUGCAGGAUUUGAGUCCUUGGCGGCGUAGUGUGUUACUGAUGAUAGGCUUUGUUACUUUGGUCCCAGCUCUCUGCAGGUCAUUCACUAGGUCCCCCCGUGUGGUUCUGGGAUUUUUGCUCACCGUUCUUGUGAUCAUUUUGACCCCACGGGGUGAGAUCUUGCGUGGAGCCCCAGAUCGAGGGAGAUUAUCAGUGGUCUUGUAUGUCUUCCAUUUCCUAAUAAUUGCUCCCACAGUUGAUUUCUUCAAACCAAGCUGCUUACCUAUUGCAGAUUCAGUCUUCCCAGCCUGGUGCAGGUCUACAAUUUUGUUUCUGGUGUCCUUUGACAGCUCUUUGGUCUUGGCCAUAGUGGAGUUUGGAGUGUGACUGUUUGAGGUUGUGGACAGGUGUCUUUUAUACUGAUAACAAGUUCAAACAGGUGUCAUUAAUACAGGUAACGAGUGGAGGACAGAGGAGCCUCUUAAAGAAGCAGUUACAGGUCUGUGAGAGCCAGAAAUCUUGCUUGUUUGUAGGUGACCAAAUACUUAUUUUCCACCAUAAUUUGCAAAUAAAUUUAUUAAAAAUCCUAUAAUGUGAUUUUCUGGAUAUUUUUUUCUCAUUUUGUCUGUCAUAGUUGACGUGUACCUAUGAUGAAAAUUACAGGCCUCUCUCAUCUUUUUAAGUGGGAGAACUUGCACAAUUGGUGGCUGACUAAAUACUUUUUUCCCCCACUGUACUUUUACUAAGAAUAUUAGUAUAUUAGUAAUUGACUGACCAGGUCUCUCUAGAUCUCCCAACAAUGCUAUUUCUAGGGUCAAUUUCAGAUUGCUAUGCAUUUUCAGCCAUUCCUGAACCUGAGACCAGAAACAGGCUUCAUGAGGGCAAUACCAUAACAAAUGGUCUAUUGAUUCUGUAUCCUCACAAUAAAAUCUGCAGAGCUGCGAUGAUUGUAUGCCACCAAAUAUUCAACAUUGUGUUGGUGGCAAGAAUUCUAUACAAUAAUUUUAGCUGAAAAGCACGUAGUCUUGAAUCUUGCGUCGUUUUAUAUAUCAACUCAUACACCCUGUGCCAUAGAAUCGGUACAUCAAAAAUCUCUUCCCAGCUAUUUUGCAAUCUGUGUGGCACAGCUGUCAACAUCCUGGUCCUUUCCUAUUUAUGCUAUUUUUAUUCCUCUGCCAGUUUUGAUCCUUUUAUAUUGGGCAGACAGACCAGUUCCCUACCUCCUCCCGCUGCCACCUGUCUCCUCCAUUUUUGGGGCAAUCUUUUGAUAUAUUGAAUAAGCAAAUUAUUUCAGAAGACAUCAAAUGUAUUUGGUUGCAAUGUUAUACAUCAAGGGUGGUCAACCAUCCUCCAGGAGAGCUAAUACCCUUGUGCAGGCUUUUAUUCCAGUCCCCCCUCAAACAAACCACAUUUUAGAAAUUAACUGCUCAACCGGACCUUGAUAAACUGGCUCUGAUGUGUUUGAGCAGGGCUUGAUCAAAAGCCUGCACACCCAGUAGCUCUCCAGACUGAGGGUUGACCAUAUGUGUUUUAUACAGUUGCCUAACAGGUAUUCCACUUUGUCAGGGGUUAAGUGCCUUGCACAACGACAGCUAAGAGUGAUAUAAACACCAAAUCUUGUAUUUCUACCAGAGAGAAUAUUGUCAUACAGUGCAAUAUUUGACACUGUUGUGCUUCUGAACGCUGUCUUAAAGACUGACCAUGUUCUUCAAUCAUUUCUCUCUUCUCCCUUCCUCCUCUCCAGGGAGGGUUAAGAAAUUAUGGAAGGCAGAGAUGGAGGUCUACAGGAAGUUAAAAGAUGUUCCUGACCGCUCCCUCCUUGCCAGUGGUUACUCUGAGGUCAACCUCUCCAAACUCUUCCAAGCCUUCACUACCCUCAAGUAA